AUGACGACGGAAGGAUCCAACGGUGAUGAUAGUAAUUCAGAGAAUGAAAAUUUGCCCAGUAGCCCUACACCAUUGUCGACUGAAGGGGCGGUUCGGACAUGGCCUAACAACAUUUUCAGAAAGGAGGACGAACAUAUCCUUCAGUUUUUGGAAGAAGUAUUUUGUAACAAACGACAAAGACUUUACUUUCCAGAAAACACUUUGGGUAAAUGCAACACUGAAUUGGAUCGCCAAUGGAGUGUUCAGUGGCGUUUCUUCAGUCCUCGUCUCGAUCCAUACGUUAACACACACGACAUGGUUUUUCGUUUUCUUAAGAAUCGCUUUUGUGGAAUAUCCACUCCGAUGAAAAUUGAAGGUGUCUCUCCACGUCGUAUCAUCACUGCUGAGCGAGGAGCGAUAGAGAUGUCAUAUACACUGUGUACCAAUGGCGCAACAUUAGGGAGCUCCAAUCAAUUCGGUAUUAGGCGAAAUUCUCUCUGGUGGCUUCUUAAUCAAACUGAAGCCGUUAACUUGAAUGGGACAAAUAUUCAAUACAGGUAUGAAAUCGAACGAAUCCGUAGGAAUCACAUGGGAAACUAUAGGAUGAAUGGAAUUCGUACGUACGACAAUAUUUUGCAAUUCUUCCUCACUCUAGCUGCAAAUCAAGAUCAAGAAAAAAAGUUGGCGAGCAUGCUCUUAGGCUAUGCUAAGACAGGAAAAGCUAUCAGGAAACAACAAAUGGUGGAUGCUUUUCGGGAAGUUUCUACUAACGAGGUGGAUAAGUUUAACAUACAAGCAUAUCACAUCAUGGUAAAGGAGGUCGCUCGACGCAUGUGUGCCGAAAAAGAGUAUGAUCUUCCCGUAGCCAUUGUUCAGGCACGAGCGUUAAAGCUUGUUGAAUGUGGAGAAUUGACGUUAAAGGAAGUUUUCCAGCUCGACGCGGAUUAUGGUGUUGUUACGGCCGAAAACGUAUAUCUCAACAACGACGAUGCAAUAGAAAAGGUGAAGAGGAUUAAUGAUUUGUACAAUCGAACAUUUUUAAAUAGCCGUGAGAAGAAUCGAAGAGAGCUGCAUCAAGAGUUGCGCGAAACAUAUUGUGACAUCUCAAACAACGAUAGCAGUGACUAUAGUGACGAUGAAGAACGUGGCAAUGAUGAUAGUGACAAAAAGCAGCCGAAUAAUCAAGACGACAGAGAAUAUACUACGGUACAAAAACAGUUAGAAGAAUCAAAGAUCUCUGAUUAG